AUGUACGGAAUAAUGAGUUCACACCCCGCUGCGUGUCUGGCUGCUGCGAAAGCUUAUGGGAGAACCAUCGAAAAGGUCGACCUCAGCUUUAUUAGCGAGAAUGCCAGUGAAGUCUUGUCUGCUUCGCUAGUCCCUUACAUUCAUGAUUCUGAGCUCCGGGGGACUAUAUUUGACCCCCAUAAUGCGAGCGGCAUGGUUUCCGGUGUCGACACCAACUUUUUUGUGGAUCACACGGAGCCAUUAGAGGUCCUGGGGGUAGUAAAAGAUCAGUGGGAUGGGUAG